GAGGAGCCGACCUCGGUAUGCGCGUGGGAAAGGUGUUGAUCAAAAGUGGAGGGCGAUGUCUUUGAGCGUCUGCCCUUGUUUCGUUGUGCGUUCACUGCGUUCACUGCUUGUUGCGAAGGCUUGGCGCCGUCCACGGGCGGCGACCGAGCGGGGCGUUUUUGUUUUGGGAGCUGCGUGUUGUGUUUGCUGCAAAGAUACCCCCCGGUUUUGUAGCCGUGCAGCGCUUUGGCGCGCCGGCAAUUUUGUUGUUACAUCUUUGGAGGGAAACGCGAGGAAGAGCGAGCGGGCAAGCGGGCGUGUACACUGAUACUACCUAGCUAGCUACCGUAAUGUUUGUAAUGUCUUGAAGCCGUCACUCCACGAUGGAUGACGUUGCAAAAA